CCAGUUACGAUCCUAAAAUAAAAAACGGGUCGGGUAAAAGGGUUUAGGCCUUUAGGGCUUUGAUUUAUUUAUGUGUAUGUUGAGCUUCUCUCUCUCUCAGUAUUUUCCCCAUCUGAAAACUCUCGCUGUGCUUCUCAGAUACUCUCAGUGAUUUAGGGUUGACAGAGACACAGAGCCCUGAAAAAUGGAGCCAGAGAGAAAGCUAACGGGGGCGGCUGCUACGGUGUUCCAAGAAGGCGUAGGGUUAGUUAUGUCUCGGUGGUCGGCGCUCCAAUUGGCCGUCGAGAACGAGUGGGGCGGCCGUGACUCGCGCCAAAAGGCCGAGCAGCUCGUUUCCGACAUCGUCUACUGGGUCAAUCACUCCACCGAACCUCUAUAUAUAGAUGAUUUAGAAGAAAUGCUGAUUGAAGCUAUGAGCUCCCUCAAUACUUUGAUAGAGGAUGGUAGCAUUGAGGAGGUUGCUGAAAAAAUAAUGAUUAUGCAUCAAGAAUGUUUGGAUUGCAAUUUCAAGUCUAUUGAAAGCCUAAGGGAAGCCAUUAGUCGAAGAGCUCCUACUCCUCAUGUUAAACAGGUUUUGGAUGAUGAUGAAGACAGUGAUGGCGACGAUGAUGAUACUGAUCCUACCAUGAAUAAAGAUGAGGCAUCUGGUAUGAUUGUGGACGAACCAGAGUCUUCUGCAGUAGAGCCAAAGACCAAGCAGGCAGUCGAAUCAGAAGAUGGCUGGGAGGUGGUCGGACCAAGAAGAGGUUGGGGUAAAAGAAAUUAGGUUGGAAUAUUAAUACCUUCUUUGACAGUUAUGCAGGUUUUGGAUGAUGACAAAGACGGUGAGGACGUUGGUUGGGACAUUGGUGGGACGUUGGACUACCUCCCAAGAAGAGGUCGGGGUAAUAGAAAUUAUCUCUGAAUAUUAAUAUUUUUGAUGGGCGAGGAAGUGGCUGCCUUAAUUUUACUGGCUUCAGUAUUUAAUCAUUACGGACACGGUUAGAAUUUGGGCAUCAUUACGGGCUUCAAUCUUUAGUCAGUUGACUUAUAUCGUAUUCCAUUCUAGUAUUGUGGAUUGAGGGGGCUGCUCUAUCCUAUAUGUGGCUGCUUUAUCUUAAAUAUUUUCUUGUUCUGUUGGGAUCUAGAGCAUUAAGUGGUACGUGUAAAGAAAGUUUUGCUUUGUAUACAGCUUAACACCAAGGAUUGUCGUUGAAUUUGUUGCAAUUUCAACCUGCUCAGUCUUUAGG